CAUUCCAUAAACCACAGAAUCUUUUUCCUACCUUUUACCUAGCUACUUAGCAGUUCUUCAUGGUAGCUUUGUACACAGGGGAGAAAUGGACAUUUAAAAGAUAGGUCCCAAGACACUCUUAAGAAAAAUGAUCGACGUGGUCUGAAGCCAUCCCCAACAGCAUGCGUGUUUAAAACUACCCAGAUGACUCCAGCAUGGGGCGGUGUCUGUUAGCCUCAUUUUACAGAACACCUUUGUGAGCCUUUGCUGAGGACCUCCGGGAUGCUGUACCUAGGAAGACCCCAUUUACCCAGAAUCAGGAAGGCCAUGGAAAACACGAGGGCUCUGGGCUAUUCUCCAAGCAAGGUUGAUUGCCCCUUUCCCUGUGGAGCCCAAUGAAGCUUAAAUGAGACCUGUUGUCCCACCAUUUCUUUGUACGUGCCUCCUCUCAUGUUUGCUGUUUGUCUAGGCUCUUGACAGAGGUUUUCUCCUUGAGCUUUGCAGGAAGUGAUCCAGCAGAACCUUCUGGUGGGUGGGGCCGGUAUCCUUUCCGGCAGAUCUGGCUUUCUGCCCAGCCCGUUCACCUGCAACACAGCCAGGCUUGGCAAAGCACAGUGCUGGAGUGCCCUUACCUAGGCCAUUCCUUCCGAGGCUUUUAAAGUCAAAAGAGUGGUUCCAUCCUCGGUGGUUAUGUUUCCAUUUUCCGCACCUUCACUGCGAAGUACUUUCCAAAACAGCUUGACCUUGUCCUCCCAAGAUCCCUAAAAGACCAAUAGAUUUUUCUUGGCUUACUUGGACUUGAAAGAAAGGAAGGAAACUUGAGCCACAGAGAGCCAAGUAGAACCCCCUUGUUAGGAAGCAAAUAGAUUGAUUCCUAUCUUGUUACUAAGAAAGGUAGGGACGGGUCUGCAGUCACAGGUUGCAGUACUGACUCCCAGUCUAAACCUACCUCAAUGCUUGGAGUUGGUCAGGAAAACAUACAGAAAGCUCUGGACCUACUUCCUUUGGCCUGUGGAUUGAUACUACUAGGCCAGUGCCCUUUCCCCACUGUGGUGGGAUAAAAGGCAGCCUUUAAAGUCACAAUGCUCCCGGGUCACAGAGGUGCUGGGCCCUAGGCCAGACCUCUGCCUGGGAAGUUUCCUCUGGGAACGGCUUCUGGUGGGUACUACGGGCCUUAUUCCGGGCCAUAUGGCCUGUGGGACCUCACCACUGGGGGGAAGCCUGGGCCGGACAGAGUUAUCACCUGUGGCACUGGCCCCAUGGCUGAGGUGGAAUGGAUACACAGACAUCCAAAGGCCGAGGACCUAAGGGUUGGGCUCAUCAGCUGGGCAGGAACCUACCUCACCUUUGGAGCAUUUAACAGUACAGUCACAGCUACUGCAAAGAGUUUGGGCAGGAGACAGACCUGGGAGCUCCUGGUGAGCAAUGAACAUGAUGCGCAGGCCGUGAUACGACUAAAGAGCUUGCAGGGCCUCUACCUGCUGUGUGAAGCUGAUGGUACUGUGUGCUAUGGGAGGCCAAGGACUAGCCACCAUGGAUGCUUCCUGCUCCGUUUCCACCGCAAUGGCAAGUGGACCCUCCAGUGCAUCAUCUCUGGUCGUUAUCUGGAGUCUGAUGGUGAGGUUGUGUUCUGCAGCUCCAGGGUCCUCUCAGCUUACCAUAUGUGGACCCCUAGACCAGCCCUGCAUGUCCAUGUGAUCCUCUACAGCCCCACCUACCGCAGCUAUGCCCGAGCUGACCACACUGUGGGCCGAAUCUGGGUUGACGCAGCAGUCCCUUGCCUAGAGGAAUGUGGUUUCCUGUUACAUUUCCACGAUGGAUGCUACCACCUGGAGACUUCUACACACCAUUUCUUGUCUCAUGUAGACCGGCUGGUCCCUCACCGCUCAUCAAAGACAGCUUUCCACAUGCAAGUGCGGCCUAGGGGGCUUGUGGCACUGUGCGAUGGAGAAGGAGGUACAUUGUAUCCACAGGGCACACAUCUACUCCUGGGCCUGGGCUCCAGUCCUAUAAGGGGUGAGGAGUGGUUCAUCUUACAACACUUCCCAGCCUGGGUCAGCCUGAAGUCAAAGACACGGAGGUUCAUCUCAGUGGUCUACGGCAAGUACUGGGUCAGACGCCACCAUGGGACAGAAGGGGCGGGGGCAGGCCCCAAUGAGGAACUGGAGAUUCGAUUUGCCAAUCGCCCGUUUCUCGUCUUAAGAGGGCGGUAUGGGUAUGUGGGCUCCUCCUCAGACCGGGACCUGAUACAAUGCAACAGGGAUCAGCCUGACUGCAUUCACCUUCUGCCCUGCCGCCAGGGCAUCUACCACUUUCAGGCACAGGGCGGAUCCUUCUGGUCAAUAACAUCUUUUGGCACCUUCCGCCCUUGGGGAAAAUUCGCCCUCAACUUCUGUAUAGAACUUCAGGGGAGCAACUUGCUCACGGUGCUGGCGCCCAACGGCUUCUACAUCCGAGCCGACCGAAGUGGCACACUAUUGGCAGACAGUGGAGACAUUACCAAAGAAUGUAUCUGGGAAUUUUAGGGCAAUGGGACGCUGCCUGCCAAACUCUAAAUCCCCCAGGCCUCCAAGAACAACUUCUAGCUAAACAGGACAGAGGACCCCGAGUCAAGAUCCAAGAGAAGAAUACAUGUUGUACAAUUUUUCCUACUGAGUUUAGCAAAACACCUGUUGCAAGCAACAAUACAUCACAACAGGCCACCCCCAAGACCCGUAUGUGCAUCUGACUCAAAGGACAUAUGUGUGUCUGGUUUGGGAAACAUAGGGUCCAGACUACCACAUUUUCUCUCAGUGUAGAAUGUGCAUACACAUGAGAAUGACAUGAAGGUGGACGGAGAACUAUGAGGAAGGAAGAGGAGGUCUAAUGGGAGGGGACCAAGAGAAGGGAGGUGGAGGACCGGAGAGAAGGACAAAUGGUGCAGGUGUUCUCUCAUAUGUGGGAGUUAGAUGUAAAUAUGCACUCAUACAUACAUACACACGCAUAGCUAUGUGACAUGAGGGCACAAAGGGAAGGAAAGGGGCCUUUGAAAAGGGGGAGAGUUCAGGGCUAGCCUGGUCUACAGAGCUAGCUCCGGGACAGCUAGGACUACUCAUAGAAACCAUGUCUUGGAAAAAAAAAUAAAGAAAAAAGCCGGGCGGUGGUAGCACACGCCUUUAAUCCCAGCACUCGGGGAGACAGAGGCAGGCGGAUCUCUGUGAGUUGGAGGCCAGCCUGGUCUACAAGAGCUAGUUCCAGGACAGGAACCAAAAGCUACGGGGAAACCCUGUCUCAAAAAAAAAAAAAAAGAAAGAAAGAAAGAAA